AUGCUCCGACAGGGUUUGGUCUCCUUGUUACCGCUGGCAGCGGCCGUUUGGGUGCCAGCGGCGAAUCAACCGGUACCUGUUAGAAGACAAAUGCCAAAUGAGCCUACCGGAGUCCAGACUAUCAAGACCGCCAAUAAUGUUACGAUUCGAUACAAGGAACCGGGCAAAGAGGGUGUUUGUGAGACCACACCCGGGGUCAAGUCAUAUUCUGGAUACGUCGACCUCUCACCUACUUCACACACCUUCUUCUGGUUCUUCGAAGCGCGCCAUGACCCGGAGAAUGCCCCCAUUACUCUCUGGCUCAACGGCGGCCCUGGAAGUGACUCUCUGAUUGGGCUUUUUGAAGAACUGGGUCCUUGCCAAAUCAACUCGACCUUUGAUUCUAAUAUCAACCCUCACUCAUGGACUGAAGUCUCAAAUAUGCUGUUCUUAUCUCAGCCAUUGGGUGUCGGAUUUUCUUAUCGCGAGGCAGAGGCUGGCUCACUGAAUCCUAUCACUGGUGUGUUUGAGAAUGAAACAUUUGCUGGUGUUCAGGGGCGUUAUCCGGUCAUUGAUGCUACCUUGAUUGAUACUACCGAGCUCGCUGCCCGUGCUGCUUGGGAGAUUCUCCAGGGUUUCAUGGGUGGACUGCCACAGUUGGACGCUAGGAUCAAAUCUAAAGAUUUCAGUCUGUGGACUGAGAGUUAUGGAGGUCACUAUGGCCCAGCUUUCUUUAACUACUUUCACGAGCAAAACGAGAAGAUUGCCAACGGCACGGCUGAAGGCAUUCAUCUCGACUUUAACUCCCUCGGAAUUAUCAAUGGUAUCAUCGACGAGGGCAUUCAGGCAAGCUACUACCCAGAGUUUGCAGUAAACAAUACCUAUGGAAUCAAAGCCGUCAAUGAUACCGUGUACAACUACAUGAAAUUCGCCAACGAAAUGCCAAAUGGGUGUCAGGAUCUAGUCGAGGUGUGUAAGAUCACGAAUCGCACGUCUCUGGCUGAUUACGCUAUUUGCACCGAGGCGACCAACAUGUGCAGAGACAACGUCGAGGGGCCCUACUAUGCGUUUGGUGGCCGUGGAGUCUAUGACAUCCGACACCCAUAUAAGGACCCCACACCAGAAAGCUAUUACCUCGAGUAUCUCCAGAAAGAUUCGGUGAUGGACGCCAUCGGAGUGAACAUCAACUACACCCAGUCAAACAACGAUGUGUAUUUCGCCUUCCAGCAAACCGGCGACUUCGUCUGGCCCAAUUUCAUCGACGACCUGGAGGAAAUCCUCCAACUGCCGGUCCGCGUUUCUCUCAUCUACGGUGAUGCCGACUACAUCUGCAACUGGUUCGGCGGCGAGGCCGUCUCCCUGGCCGUGGACUACACGCAUGCCCGGCAGUUCCGCGCCGCCGGCUACACCCAGCUGAUCGUCGACGGCGUCGAGUACGGCGAGACCCGCGAGCACGGCAACUUCUCCUUUACCCGGGUUUACCAAGCCGGGCACGAGGUCCCUUACUACCAGCCCUUGGCCUCGCUGCAGCUCUUCAACCGUACCCUUUUCGGCUGGGAUAUCGCAAAGGGUAACACCAAGAUCUGGGCUGGUUACAGCGCCAACGGCACAGCCAGGGCGACGCAUACCGCGUCGUCAGUGCCCUUAUCUUCGGUGACUUCUGGUGCCAGUGCCCACUAG